AUGACUUGGAAACGACAGAAACAAAAGUUUAACACACUAUGCCUAUGGGGUGUGGCGUACGGGUUGGGCGAUGAGGGCAUCGACUGGUCGGCGAUAUUACAACUGCCAAAACCGGCCGCCAGUCCGACGGCCACUGUAUGCCAACUCAAUAGCCAAACGUUGGAUCAAUUCAUACAACAAAACGCCAACACAGGGGUUGUGGUCAUCAGAAGGGAUGCCUCGACGAGCGGACAGUCGGCCGACAACUUUGGCCAACAAUCGGCGCAACUGUUGGCCAACAAAAACAUCGCCGUUUGCGAGCUGUCAGUCGACGGGCAGACAGUCGGCGGUCAGGGCUCGGAAGUGGUGGUGUAUAUGAACGGCAAACUACACCCGUAUUACGGCCGCCGCUCGGCGUCGGCCCUCUUGUCCUUUGUGUUGAAACUGACGACAACUCACGUAAGGCUUAUCACUGGGAAACUCGACAAAAAGGCUUACGAUUUGGUGAACGGACCCAAACUCGUGGGCUUUUUCAUGCCCUCAACACCCGAUCUCAUCGCUUACGAAACGGUGGCCGCGAAGUACAGCCCAGACGUACCCUUUUAUUUGGUCACCGAUCGGAUGGUGGCUAAACAUCUGAAACUAACAGUUGUGGGCCAAAUCAACCUGGUCAAACCGGCCGAAAAGUUGGCCAUAACUCUGCCCAUAAAUCCGGCCACCGGUGCCGACAUCGAGGCAUUCAUACAGCAAAACAAAGGCGUUGUUCUCAAGUACUUGACUGAACACAACGUAUACGACCCGUCACUGCAGGACCCGAACCGUACGUCAAUUGUGGCCAUCGGUGACCGCACGGCAGCCGUCGGCCAAUACUUUCAUAAAUUGUUGACUAAAGCCGUGAGAAAUAUCACUCGAGAAAACGCGGCCAUAUCUGCGGCUUUAUUGGCCAAAAGUGCGGCCGAGUUGGCAGAUCCUGCGCUCGACAGCACCGGUACCGCCACCGCAGACACAGCGGCAGACACUGUGGCCGCUGAGACACCAAUUCCCUCACCCAUUGAUUUAGACUCUCUUGAAAUCCUAUGGAUUGAUCCGCAAGUGUUUCCCUCAAUCAGCGUAUGGUUGGAUCAGAUCCCGACUACUGGCGCGCAACGACUUGACAUAUAUAUCGGUGCCGUAAACCCGGCUGCGGCUGAGCGAGUCUGGUUGGACACGACGGCACUCAACACUACUGGUGGCAAAGGGGCCGAUGAGACCAAUCUAUUACUUGUGCGCCAAUGGCUUCAGGAAGUGAUCGCCACUCAGGUUGCGGCCGCGCAGGCUUUGGCCAGCAAUGUGGCGACAAUUGCUACCAUAACUGAACCCACGACACAAACUGGUCGCCGAUUCUCGGCUGAGCCCCAGAGUUUGGCCGUACGCGAGGGCCAACCCUUUGUGUUGGAGUGUGUGGUGACCGGCGAUCGGGUGUCGGCCGCAGCCGGCGAUUGCUUGUGGCUUAAAGACGGCCGUAAUAUAGGCGCCAAUUUGGCCCGAGUCUCGCCCGACUAUCAGUGGCGACAACAGACCACUGCCGGUGCUGUCAAUGUGGGCGACUGUAGUCUAGUGGUGGCCUCGGCUGACGCCCAGCGCGAUAACGGCCAGUGGGUGUGCGAAGUGGCCGGCGAUCAGCGCCAGCCAACCCUAGCGUCCCGCGCAGCCACCGUUACGGUUACGCCGGCGCCCAAAACUGAGCUAUAGUUUUGUAUUUCCCCCCAAAAUUGCCAUUUGAUUACAUGUUUUUAAUUUUCCUGUCAAUAAUUUUUUAUCAAUUUAAUGCUUUAUUAUUAUUUUAAUUAUUUUUUAUUCAUGUGUAAUUUUCUUAUGUAAUAAUUAUAGUGAUGUAUCUGUAGUAAAUAUUAGCUAUUAUUUUUAACUGGCUAUUUUUAUAAGUAAUCAUGUAUUUAAAAUAGUAAUGUUUUGAUAAAUAAAAUAUUCAC